AAGGAUCUACUCAAUACCAGAAUUCAUCAAUUUACUGAUGACGAUGAAUUCAACCAUAUUAAAAAAAAAAAUAAUCAAUAUCGAAUCGAUGCACAUUUACAGUUUAUUUGAAAUGAUUCAACAGCAUCAUUAUCAAAAUAUUUGAAACGAGCAACAGAAAAACAAAAAAACCGUAAAAAAAAUUCUAUACAAAAUUUGUAAAUGUACAAGAAAAACACAAUUCGCAAAUUGAGCAGUAAAAUAACACAUUCUUUACAAACAUACAAAUAUAACGAGAGCAGAAUAUACGCGAACCGAAUGGAAAAUGUAUAAAAAAUUGUAAGAUUUCGCACAUAACCUCCCAUCAGAAUAUAACAAAUAAACUGGAAAAAAUAAAGACUCGAAAAAAAAAAGGAAAAAUGCAAAAAAGAAACAUAAAAUGAACGAAAAAAGAAAUAUUAUUUUUUUCAUAUUUUUAACAAUAAAAAAAAAGAGACAUUUGAAAAAUUCAAAAAUUCUUUUUGAAUGAAAUCACAGAAAUAACAAGAAUAACACAACACAAUACGAAAAUUAUACACAGAAAAAAAAAAAUUAUUGAAAAAAAAAAAUUUAUAUUUAAUUUGGGAGCUGACAAACUAACAAAAUACCCUAUUCUUUAUAUAGUUAUUAAUAUUGACAGUAAAUGAAAAAUCAACAAAAAAAAUUUAAAAUUAAAGAAAAAAGUUUUUGAAUCAAAAAAAAAAAUUAUUUGUUUUAUAAAAAAAAUCAAAACAUUGAGCGAAUCAUCUCGACGUCAAGCGCAAUCUACUGGCAGAAAAACAAAAGAUUAAGAAUAAUCAAAACAACAAUAAAUUUUCAUAUCAUCUGCAGAAAUAUUUCGAGGUUGUUGAAAGUUUAACAUACAAUCAUACACACUCCUACAUAUCAAAAGCAUAUCUGACUGUUAUAACAAUAAAAAAUUCAACGUCACAAUAGUAUCAACAUUGAGUAAAAAAAUACUAGCAACAAUUUUUUAACCAACAAAACUGAGUAAGCAUUUAACAAACAAGUGAAAUUUACAAAACAGAAAAGAGAAGAGAAAUAGAAAAAAAAAACUACAUUGUAAAAAUUUUUAUAAUAAAAAUAUUAAAAUGUUGCUGACAAGAAAUUAUCAAAUAAAAAACAUCUGGCAAUAUCGUCGACGUCGUUUAACACACAAAUUAACAUAUUUUCCAAUAGUUUUAUUAUUAUUUCAAAUAGUUGAAACUGAACCAUUAUUAGAUAAUAAAGGUGGUAGUAAUACAAGUGGAAAUCUUAAUAAUAAUAAUAAUAAUAAUAGUAAUAGUAAUUAUCAUUAUCAAAAUGGUGAAAUUGGUCAACAUUUUGCAAUGGAACCACAAGAUCAAACCGCAAUUGUUGGAUCAAGAGCAACAUUACCAUGUCGUGUUAUUAAUAAAGUUGGUUCAUUACAAUGGACUAAAGAUGAUUUUGGUUUAGGUGAACAUCGUAAUUUAAGCGGAUUUGAACGUUAUUCAAUGGUUGGAAGUGAUGAAGAAGGUGAUUUUUCAUUAGACAUUUAUCCAGUAAUGUUAGAAGAUGAUGCACGUUAUCAAUGUCAAGUUGGACCAGGACCAAAAGGACAACCUGGUAUACGUUCACGUUUUGCAAAAUUAAUUGUAUUGGUGCCACCGGAAGCACCAAAAAUAGUUCAAGGUGAUUUUUUAAUAACAACAGAAGAUCGUGAAAUUGAAUUGGAAUGUAUAUCAGUUGGUGGAAAGCCAGCUGCUGAGAUAACAUGGAUUGAUGGUGCCGGAAAUGUCCUUAAAAAUGGAAUUGAAUAUAUUAAGGAACCACUUCCGGAUUCAAGACGUUUUACCGCAAAAUCAAUAUUAAAAUUAACACCGAAAAAAGAGCAUCAUAAUACAACAUUUACUUGUCAGGCACAGAAUACUGCCGAUAGAACAUAUCGUUCAGCAAAAUUAUUAUUAGAGGUCAAAUAUGCUCCAAAAGUAUCUGUAUCUGUUGUUAGUGGAGCCUUAGCCGGUGGUCGAAUAGCUGAAGGUUCUGAAGUUAGAUUAUCAUGUCAUGCUGAUGCAAAUCCAAGUGAUGUCAAUUAUCGAUGGUAUAUUAAUGAUGAAGCUGUUAUUGGUGACUAUACAACAGAAAUGAUUAUUCAUAAUGUGUCCAGAAAAUAUCAUGAUGCAAUUGUAAAAUGUGAAGUUUAUAAUGUAGUAGGGAAAAGUGAGGAGAGUGAAACUCUUGAUAUUAGUUAUGGUCCAGAAUUUAAAAGACCACCAAAAUCUAUUGAAGCUGAUCUUGGAACAACUGUUACUUUAUCAUGUGAUGUUGAUGGUAAUCCACCAGCUGAUAUUGUAUGGAUUAAUGGUACUUCAGAAAGGGAGGUUGGUUCAACUCCAAAUUUAACAUUAAAAGUAACUGAAUAUACUUCUGGCCAUUAUUAUUGUAAGGCAAGUGUUAUCGGAUUUCCUGAAAUUGAUGCAGAAGUUAGUGUUUUCUUAAAGCGUCCACCACGUAUAACAUCAUCACGUACUCAAAUUGCAACACCCGGUGAUAAUGCACAUUUAGAAUGUGUUGCAUUUAGUGUGCCAAAAGCUAAAAAUGUUUUAUGGUCAUUUCAUGGUCAUGAAAUAAAUAUUAGUGCUAAUCAAGAAUAUUCAAUAUUAGAUGAUCAAUUGAUAGAGGGUAUUAAAUCAAUUUUAGUAAUACGUGAUACAAAACCAAAACAUUUUGGUAAAUAUAAUUGUACCGUUAUUAAUGAAUAUGGUAGCGAUGAAAUUGAAAUUGAAUUGAUUGCGAAUAAAACCAUUCCGUUUUUAGUAGUUAUUGUUGGAGCUGUAUCAUUUGUAACAUUCAUGUUAAUUAUUGUAGUUAUAAUAACGGUAUAUUUAAAGAAAGGUAAGAAGAAAUUACCACCAGCUGAUGUUAUACCAGAACAUCAUCAUCAUCAUCAUUCCAAUGAGAAAGGUUUUAAAGAAAGUGAUAGAUCAUCAAAUUUAAGUGAUUUAAAAGUUGAUAUUAGAUCAGGUUCAUGUGAACCUGAAUAUUCAGAAACAUGUUCAGAUAGUUUAACAACAAAAUUAGCAUCAAAUAUGGUAAAUGCAAAUCAUACUGGCUCAAAUGGUGGUGUUAUAACUGGUACUGGUGGUGGCGGCGGUGGUGGUGUACCUUUAGCUGGUCCUGUUAAAAUUCCUAAUGAUUUUAGAUAUUCUGGAGAUUAUACUGAUUCUGGAGUUCCACAGCAACAACAACAGAAUGAACAAAAACUAGGACAACAGAAUAGCGGUUUUGAUCCAUAUGUUGAUUAUGCACUAAAUUAUAGUCCACCAUUAACUUCAUUAAGUUCUUCACGUAGUAAAUAUAGUACUACAUCAAAUAGUAAUAGCAGUAUGGCAACUGUUAAAGCAGUUCCAUUAAAUAGUAUUAAUAAUAGUAAUCAUAAUAAUAGUAAUAAUAAUAAUUCAAAUAUUAAUGGUAUUAAUCAAAGCCAAAUAACAUCGAGUUUAACAAGAAAUCGCCAAGAUAGUGGACUGCCUAGUGUUCAAAGUAGUAUAAGUUCAAUGCAAAAUGGUCUCUUAGGUCAAUCAUUAUUACAAAAUGGUUUGAGUAUAGAUCCACGUUACAGUGCAACAUAUGGUAAUCCAUAUUUAAGAACAUCAAAUUCAUCAUUACCACCACCGAAUACAGCGAAUCCGGCUGCAACACCAGCCCCCCCACCAUAUCCAUCAAAACAUCAUCAACAACAACAGCAUCAUCAUCAGCAUACAUCAUCUCAUCUUAGUAAUUAUAGUUUAACAAAUAGUCUAAAUCCAUUAGGUAGUCUUAGUAGUAAUAAUUUAAUAAUUGGUAGUAAUAGUACAUUACCAUCUCAAGCAACAUUAUUACAACAACAACAACAAACACAACAGCAAACACAACAAAAUAUAUCACCAUCAUUAACAACGGCAGCUACAACUACAACUGCAAUAACAACAACAGCAACAACAAUUAUACCACCAGGUCAAUUUAUAUUACCAUCAAAUGGUAAUUUAAAGAAAGGAGCAUUAGCUACUCAUGUAUAAUAUUUAAAAUAAUUAUUUAUAAUAUGUAUAUGAAAUAUUUAAAAUAAACAAUUAUAUAUAUAUAUGUAAUAAAAUAUUUAAAUUGAAAAAAACAGAAUUAACUAACUAAUUAUAUUAUAUAGAAUUAAAAAAAAAUUAAAUUAAAUUAAAUU